GGAUAGUGAUUACAGAUCCAACCAAAAGAAGGCUCCAACUUUCUCUCUCUGAAACUGCGAGGGGGAGAAGCAGUGACAGCAAAAUUAGUCUAUUUCAUCUCAACACCUUUCUGCGCUGACCUGUUCACAUCAGAGGGAAAACUCAAGAAACAGCUCCAAGAUGCUGUGGCAGCGAGGAUGGCUUUGGUCUCUUUCUUCUAAGAAUCAGCCAUGGACCUCGUGCUGAACGUCGCUGACUCCUACGUCCUCACGCCGUACGUGUACCCUGAGUCCUGGGCCGAGGACGGCGCCCUGCGGCAGAUCCUCAGCCUCCUGGUGGUGACCAACCUCGGGGCGGCCAUCUUGUACCUCGGCCUGGGAGCGAUCAGCUACUAUUUCAUCUUUGACCACAGUCUGAUGAAGCACCCACACUUCUUAGAGAAUCAAGUUCGGAGAGAAAUUAUCUAUGCGAUGACCUCUCUGCCCUGGAUCAGCCUCCCUACGGUGGCCUUGUUCUUCGCUGAAGUGCGAGGAUACAGCAAACUGUACGACAACGUGAGCGACUCCCCGCUGGGUUGGUCGGGCCUCUUCCUCAGUAUGGUCUCCUUCCUCUUCUUCACGGAUAUGUGCAUCUACUGGAUUCACCGCUUCCUGCACCAUAAGCUCAUUUACAAGCUGUUUCACAAACCCCACCACAUCUGGAAGAUCCCCACCCCCUUCGCCAGCCACGCCUUCCAUCCCGUUGACGGCUUCCUGCAGGGCCUCCCGUACCACAUCUACCCCUUCCUCUUCCCCCUUCACAAGGUGCUCUACCUGGCUCUGUACGUGUUCGUCAACAUCUGGACCAUCUCCAUCCACGACGGCGACUAUCGCGUUCCCAGCGGCCUGGUUAGCGUCAUCAACGGCUCGGCCCACCACACCGACCAUCACCUCUUCUUCGACUACAACUACGGCCAGUACUUCACCCUGUGGGACCGGCUGGGAGGCUCCUACAGGCACCCGUCGGCUCUGAUGGGGAAGGGCCCCCUGGAUCUCAUUCGGAAACUUCAGGCAGAGGGAAAGUUGGGAAAAGAGGCAGUGAACGGACAUUCUGAGAGAAGAGCCCCGAGCAAAGAUGAGUAACAGAGUCCAGGUUAAUUACUGGAGUUUAUCGCUGCCUUUUAAAGAGACAAUGUGAGGGAAAAUGUUCAUGUUUGCCAAAUAAGGCGAUUCUGAGGGUGUAGCAUGGAGCGUUUAGCAAGCUCCAGCUGCUUUCUUCAGCAGUGGAGUCUUGUGCAGUGAACGUAGAGGCCACUGGUUUAAAUGCACUGCUUCUGGUUUAUUGUAACUUCUGGUCCGUUUAAAGCUCUUGCUGUCCUUCGCUUCGCCAUGUCUCAUCUCUUUAAUGUUUUCUAGGACUUUUGUGAGGAGCACCUGGUGAAAACCCUAACCCUGUUUUAUGGAGAAAUUAUUUUCUUUCCACUCAGAUUUUGGGUCCAAAGGUGCUCACUGGAACUUUGUGCCAUUUAGGAACACUUCUAUAACCAACGGGCGCUUUUUGCUGCGACCCACCACGAGAUCUGUCCUGUUUGACACCUUGGUAAUGAGGAAAGUUUUUAUAGGCCAUCAGUUAGAACUGAACCAGGAAUAAUUACUUUGUACUGACAGGCAGCAGGAUUGUUUUCUAAAUGCCGAAAGAUUUAAGCUGCUUUCUGCCGCUUCUCAUCGUGUAUUCAGGAAUUAUUCCCUGUGUCAUUCAAUUUUAUUAAAGAUAAUUUAUGGACAAACUG